AUGCACGACAUCACCAUGAACGGCAACAGCACUAUGUCGCUGGAAGACCGCUUCGAGGUGCUGAAGGAGAUUGGCGACGGCAGCUUCGGCAGCGUCGUUCUGGCUCGUGUGCGUAGCGCCGGGUCCAAUGUCGCUCGCAGAGGAACUAUUAUUGCCAUCAAGACCAUGAAGAAGACAUUCCAGUCGUUCACGCCGUGUCUGGAGCUGCGUGAGGUCGUCUUCCUUCGAACCCUGCCGCCUCACCACCACCUCGUGCCUGCUCUGGACAUCUUCCUCGACCCCUACAGCAAGAAGCUUCACAUCUGCAUGGAGUACAUGGAGGGGAACUUGUACCAGCUGAUGAAGGCGAGGGAUCACAAGUGCCUCGACAACAGCAGCGUCAAGAGCAUUCUCUACCAGAUCAUGCAGGGCCUUGAACACAUCCACGCCCACAACUUUUUCCAUCGCGACAUCAAGCCCGAAAACAUUCUCGUCUCCUCGUCAAGCCACCAGGAGUCUUCCAACUCGUUCCGCCGCUACUCCGCUCUGAUGACACCGCCCUCCACGCCACCCACAUACACCGUCAAGAUUGCCGACUUCGGUCUUGCCCGGGAAACCCACUCGAAGCUGCCUUACACGACCUACGUCUCCACCCGGUGGUACCGUGCCCCCGAGGUGCUCCUGCGCGCAGGCGAGUACUCGGCACCGGUUGACAUCUGGGCCGUCGGUGCCAUGGCCGUGGAGGUGGCCACCCUCAAGCCGCUCUUCCCGGGUGUGAACGAGGUCGACCAGCUUUGGCGUGUGUGUGAGAUUAUGGGCAGUCCAGGCAACUGGUACAACAAGGCGGGUGUCCGUGUGGGUGGAGGUGAGUGGCGCGACGGCUCGCGCCUGGCUGGCAAGCUGGGGUUCUCCUUUCCCAAGAUGGCACCCCACGCCAUGGACACUAUCCUCCAGUCACCGCAGUGGCCGGCUUCGCUCAGCCAGUUUGUCACCUGGUGUUUGAUGUGGGACCCCAAGACUCGGCCCACGUCAACCCAAGCUCUUGCCCAUGAAUACUUUUCCGAUGCUGUGGAUCCGAUGCGGCCCAAGUCUUCUGCAUCGCGGAUAUUGGGUCGCAAGCAGUCUGACAUUGGCCGCAGCUCCAAGGAUUCGUCCUCGUCAACACCCGUUUCGUCCAAGCCGUCAUGGUUCCGCAAAUCGUUGAUCGGUGGCCGCAACGAUUCCGCUCUCGAUGUCACGGCCCCCAGCUUGAACGCGAAGGAGUCCGUUCCGUCUAUCAUCUCAAUGGCGACUGCAGCUGCUGCGUCUGUGUCGGUGCAGGUGGAAGCCCCGCAUCCAGUCGCGGCAACACAAGUCCCGGCACCAGCGGCAGCAGUUCAGGCGUUGGCUUCGGCAGCAGUCGCUCCGCGUCCUGCGCCUGUGCAGCAGGUGCCUGUCGAGUCGGGUAUUCCAAAGGUGAGGGCAGCUGCUAGCAAGCGAACGACUUGGUCGAACGGGCCAUCCAAUGUGGCGCCGAUGCCAAUUCUACCCACCGUCCGUCCCAUUUCUCCCGUGUCUGACGCUGUCACUGCCCAGGCAAAUAACCGGACCCCAAUGUACAACGAUUCAUACGCCAACAAUGCGGCAACUCGGGUGGCUGCAGAGGACAAGGCGUCCAAGAAAAUUGGCCGGCAAUUGUCCGUGGCAUCGAGCACAAACCACUACGCAGAUGUCCAUCGCCAGCAGGCAGAACAGGCCCUUACUGGCAACAGCGGCCUCGUAUCUCCACCCAGUGCGCACAAGGAGAGCUUCUUCUCACACCUGCGAAAGCGGGCGCGUCGGCUCUCCGGACGUCACCAGACACCCAUCACACCCGCAUACGAUGACGUGGAAGCACAGGCUGGUUGUGGGCCAUGGGCCAGCAACCGUUCGUCCAUGGUGAUUGACCAGCAGCAUCAGGGUCCUGUACCCGCGCCAUUACCCAAAGAGGGCACGCAUGAUCCUCAGGGACCACUGGGCUCUCUGCGAGAGGGCCACCAGAGCUGCUCCGGAGACAACAUCAGCUACCUGCCGACGAUCCCAGACAGUGCUCCUGCUGCAACAAGUCUGCACCAGUCGGCUUCGGUGUCCGGAGUGACGACGACGAUCACGACAGGACUCGCGGGCGCUCACCUCAAGCGGCACCAUUCACUACCCCAUCAUCAGCCGCGGUCAGUCGAUAGCCUGCUCGUGGCGUCGCGAAGCAGUGGUGGCCCGAUUUCAAGUCGUACCAGAAGGUCACAGGCAGUCCAAGGCGUGCACCAGUACGACGCGCCCGAUGAAGAGGACGAACUCCUGGACGAAGUUCUCAAUUCUACAGAGAAUGCAGAAAAAAAGCUCGAGAAGGUUGAGAAGAUCGGGAAGAUCGAAAAGCCAGCUCUACAGCAGUCUGCGAGCAAUGCCAACACCUCAAAUCCGUAUCCGACGCCCUCACCUUCGGCCAGCGGAAACAACGUGCUCUACUCUGACGGAAAGGAAGCGGUGAUGCCGAAGCCUCUGGAUCUCAACAAGAAGACGGCGGACUACAAAUGGCCGACUCCGCCGUAUGACGAGAACGACUGGGCAGCAUCAGCAUCUGCAAGCAUAUGGGCGGCAGGCAAUCGAAUCUAG